UAGAUACAGCGCCUGAGGUGCAAUCAGUUUGUACGAGUGAUGAGGAUGAUUAUGAAGAGGAGACACAGUCAUCGUUGAGGGAAGCUCCGUCACCAACCCCAUCCACUGCAUCUGGGUUAUCGACCCCAACAAUGAAGAAGACACCCAAGAGCGCAAAACGCAAACGUUCAGGCAUAAUACCACCCAAAGGCAAACGCACUAACCCUGAGGUCGAAAAAGAUGAUGAGGUUUUUGGAAAGUAUAUUGCGAUGCAGUUAUCAAAAAUUAAUGAUGAAGAGACAAAAGAAAUGGUGAAAAUGCGACUGCAACGUGUUAUAUAUGAGGGAAGAUACGUAAUUCGUAAAUAUACAUUAGAUGUCACACAGUGAUAUGUAUAUAUACAGUUCAUUGCUGGACCUGGUAAAAAAAACCUUGAGCUUCCGAGAUAUGCCCAGUCCAACGGAUUCGUAGAGCGACAGAUUCGGUAUAUCAAGCCGAUUAUCAAGAAGUGUUUGAAGACGGGGGGAGACGUUGAUCUAGCUCUUCUCAAUGUGAGAGCUACUCCAUUAGAUGGCAAUCUGCCCAGCCCAGCAGAGUUGAUGUUUGGUAGAGCCAUUCCCACGACACUACCUAGUCACACCACAGUGAGUUCUCAGCAGGAGAGAUAUGGUGAACACAUUUCUGAUGCCAUCGAGAAACCGACAUGGUAUGCUAACCAGCAUACACGCGAGCAGGCACCGCUCAUCGAGGGACAGAACGUUCGGGUACUGAACAAGGACAAGAAAAUCUGGUGUGC